GCGGGUGUUGAAGUAAAGUCGGGACUAACGUUACGUUGUUGUGGUUGUGCAGAGAAAGAUAAUGGCGGAUUUGACUAUUUAAUGCUUUUAUGAAGAUUUUUGAAUUCACCUGCAAUAUAGAGUGAACUGCUAUUGAAGCGAAAAUUUUUUUUUUUUUUCUCGAAACCGGAGGAGUUUUAUGGUAUGUACGUUUUAUUUGCCUAUCGUUAGCUAGCUAACGUUAGCUAGCCAUCUUUCACGGUGACUUUUAAAAUCUCAACAACAACUCGCUAGUUUGCUAAGACAACACUGGCUAUCUUGUUUCUUCAACAUUAUCUGAUUUACUUUGCAGGAUAUAUAUUUGACUAGCUGCUAACUAAGUUGUCCUGGAGACUAGUUACGUUAAGUAGUUAGCUAAUGUAGCUAGUUAAGAUCCACGACCAUAGUCGAGUCCACUUGAGUUUGCGGAAAUGCGCGGGUUAGCUCGAAAAUUCAAAAAUGGUAGCUAGUUAGCUAACUAGUUAGCCAUUUUGUUUCUGCAAGCAAAGUGUCAAUGAACAUUUUGUUAAAUGUUAUGUUUUUGUUUUGUAGGUAAUGUUUGAGUUAUUUUCUGGAAUGGUUGUCGUGUCACUUCGUUUUUUCCCCCCUGCAUGUGUCCCUGUGUCAGAUGUCUCGACUUGUACAAAAUGUUAACGUUUUGAUGAAGUUUUUUGGCCUUCCUAGUUAAAGUUAAAAUGUAACUGCUUGCCAAUUUAGUUAGAGCGUUCAAAAGUUUUGUGGGAGGUUUCACCAUCCUAUCAAACGUUUGAAAACUCUUGAUUCUUUCCUCUUAUUUUCCCCAGGUCGCAACCAUGACCUCUGUACUGUCCUCCACGCAUACCCUGAUGCAGAUGUUCAAUGGGAAGAUUCAGGAGUUCGUCAACGAAAUAGAGAAUGUCCACAUGGUGUGGCUCGAGGAGAUCCAGCAGGAAGCCAACCGCAUGUUCUCAAGGUGGGAGGACUGAAGUGUACAGGAAAAAGAUACCAUUGUCAUAAACUUGCUUUCCAUCCAAUUGGCGACAGAUUUAUCCAAAUAUUCUGAAAUGUGCAUUAAAAACAAAGUGCAACUUUUCCCACCAGAUCCCAUCAAAUUGACUUGUUGCGGAUAAAAGAAUGUGUGUGGCGAGGUAGUGCACAUAAAAAUUUACUUUUGCGGUUUAAAUUCCCAUUUACCGAAUAAAUAAAUAUGUUUUUUAAUUGGUUUCAGUCUUAUUUUCAACUCUACUGAUGGUCUUGUCACAAAUUUUUUUUGUUAUAUAGCUAACGUGCGCUCUAGCCAACGCCCUGCAGGUAUAGCCUUCAUGAGAUUAUUAUGGGCAAAAUAUUAUUUUGUUUUGUCGAUGUUUGCAAAGUUUACCCACAAAUUAGCUGUUUCCAUCAGGCCUGUCAUGGCAUUUUUUUUUAUUUUUUUACCCAACACACUUUGCUCCCUUAAGGUUGGAUGGAAACCUGGUUAGUGACACAUGAAGUUAUUUGUUCUCUGAAUCACCUGAAAGUUUCAUCUGUAAUUUUAGCUUCAGAUUGCUACACCAGAUAAUGUAAUAAUAAUAAUAUAAUAAGCCAUUUAGCAGAUGCUUUUAUCCAAAGUGACUUACAGUAAUGUGCGCAUACAUUUUUACAUAUGGGUGGUCCCGGGGAUCGAACCCACUACCCUGGCGUUACAAGCGCUGCGCUCUACCAAUUGAGCUACAGAGGACCACAUUUAACCAAAUAAUUUUGGUAUCCUUUACUGGGAGUUACAGGUUAGGCAGUGUUUGUGUAGCACAGAUACGUUUUUACCAACCGUAACUUUCCGAUUGUAAAAAAAAAAAAUAUUCGUUCUCGAUCUGGCCAAACCCGUGUCUUCUUAAAUGGCUGUCCAGUUGCAGCGGGCGCGUUUUUGAAUUUAGAAAAUGCUGUUCUUAAUAGACUUCUCCACAACCAGUCAAAUUUCUUCCACACAUCUGACCUUCCCCUUUACCUCCUGAGCAACCAGUAAACAUUCCCCCGUUUCGAGUUUGUCACAUCCUCCGCAGCCUUUUUGCUGUCACGUGUUAUGGUGUUGGAGUUCGUUAUAACCAAUUUAUUGAUGAGAUUUAUGAUAUGCUAAAGGUCAGGCCCUUUUGGUCAGGUGCAUGCGAUGCUUACAUGUCGCCUAAAGAGAGCGAGGGUUGAGGGCGUAGGGAAUGUUUUUCCUAAACAAAUAAAGGAUUUCGGUAACAGAACUUUUCAGUCAGAAAUGGCUGUAGUUAUGUUGCAGCUUCAGCGACACGGACAGAGCGAUGAACACUGUUGAUGUUCUGUGGUGGUCGCUCCAGCAGGGAGGAGGGAGACAACAGGUGCUAGUCACAGUCACUGUUCUGUGGUGGUCACUCCAGCAGGGAGGAGGGAGACAACAGGUGCUAGUCACAGUCACUGUUCUGUGGUGGUCACUCCAGCAGGGAGGAGGGAGACAACAGGUGCUAGUCACAGUCACUGUUCUGUGGUGGUCACUCCAGCAGGGAGGAAGGAGACAACAGGUGCUAGUCACAGUCACUGUUCUGUGGUGGUCACUCCAGCAGGGAGGAGGGAGACAACAGGUGCUAGUCACAGUCACUGUUCUGUGGUGGUCACUCCAGCAGGGAGGAAGGAGACAACAGGUGCUAGUCACAGUCACUGUUCUGUGGUGGUCACUCCAGCAGGGAGGAGGGAGACAACAGGUGCUAGUCACAGUCACUGUUCUGUGGUGGUCACUCCAGCAGGGAGGAAGGAGACAACAGGUGCUAGUCACAGUCACUGUUCUGUGGUGGUCACUCCAGCAGGGAGGAGGGAGACAACAGGUGCUAGUCACAGUCACUGUUCUGUGGUGGUCACUCCAGCAGGGAGGAAGGAGACAACAGGUGCUAGUCACAGUCACUGUUCUGUGGUGGUCACUCCAGCAGGGAGGAGGGAGACAACAGGUGCUAGUCACAGGCCCGGUACAAUCAAAUCAAUUGCGGUCAGACUCCUAGUCAUUUGUGUGUCUUAAUUAUUUUAUCAAACAGUGCGCUUAAAGCAUUUGUUUUAUUUUUUGAAUAUUUGUAUUAUUUUUUAAAAUUUAAUAUUGUGUAUAUAUAUAUAUAUUUUUUUAGUCAUUUAGCAGACGCUCUUAUCCAGAGCGACUUACAGUUAGUGAAUACAUUUUUUUUUUUAUACUGGCCCCCCGUGGGAAUCGAACCCACAACCCUGGCGUUGCAAACGCCAUGCUCUAUCAACUGAGCUACAUCCCUGCCGGCCAUUCCCUCCCCUACCCUGGACGACGCUUGGCCAAUUGUGCGCCGCCCAUGAGUCUCCCGGUCGCGGCCGGCUGCGACAGAGCCUGGAUUCGAACCAGGAUCUCUAGUGGCACAGUUAGCACUGCGAUGCAGUGCCUUAGACCAAGCAUCAGACAAGCUCGGUGCGAAUAGUUAAUUUGAUUAAAACACCUAUGGUGUGUAUAUAGUGUAUAUAUGGAAAAGUAUACGUGAAAACAAUUGGGCUCGCCAAGCCUUUUUUUGGUAUAUAUUUGUUAUAUUUUUUGCCCCUUUUUCUCCCCUAUUUCGUGAUAUCCAAUUGGUGGUUAGUCUUGUCACCUUGAUACACUGCUCGCUUAACCCGGAAGCCAGCCGCACCAAUGUGUCGGAGGAAACCCUGUACGGCUGGCGACCGUGUCAGCGUGCAUGCGCCAGGCUGCCACAAGGAGUCGCUAGAGUGCGACGGGGCAAGGACAUCCCAGCCGGCCAAAGCCCUCCCCUAACCCGGACGACGAUUGUGCGCCGCCACCUCAUGGGUCUCCCGGUCGCGGCUGUCUGCGUCACAGCCCGGGAUCGAACACUGGUCUGUAGUGCCUCCUCUAGCACUGCGAUGCAGCGCCUUGUCGGGGACAGCCCUACGCUGAACAGUACCUAACCUGUAACUCCCAGUAAUCAAAUCACAUUGUCUAGUGUAACAAUCUGUAGCUACUGUAAUUUGUAAUUCUGUAAAGUAAUGACGGCCAGAAGGAAGGAUUCAUCCUGCAACAGUUGACCUUUCUCUUCAGAGCCGUAUAUCCUCUGAGGAUACCAAACAUUAGGAACACCUUCCAAAUAUUGAGUUUCACCCCCCCCCCCCCCCCCCCCCCCCCUUUUGCCCUCAGAACAACCUCAAUUCGUCGCGGCAUGGGACUCUACAAGGUGUCGAAAGCGUUCCACAGGGAUGCUGGCCAAUGGUUGACUCCAAUGCUUUCCACAGUUGUGUCAAGUUGGCUGGAAACUGUUGAGUGUGGAAAAACCCAGCAGCGUUGCAGUUCUUGACACAAACCGGUGCGCCUGGCACCUACUACCAUACCCCGUUCAAAGGCACUUAAAUAUUUUGUCUUGCCCAUUCACCCUCUGAAUGGCGCACACACACACAAUUCAAGGCUUUAAAAAAUAAUUCUUAAACCUGUCUCCUCCCCUUCAUCUACACUGAUUGAAGUGGAUUUAACAGGUGACAUCAAUAAGGGAUCAUAGCUUUCACCUGGAUUCACCUGGUCAGUCUGUCAUGGAAAGAGCAGGUGUUCUUAAUGUUUUGUAUACUCAGGUUUAUUUUCUCUCUCCCCAGAGCCAUUCAUAUUCACAAUACUUUUCCUUCCUAUCUCAGUGACUUCAGUGCGGAGCCAGAACUGAUGCCAAAGACUCCAUCACAGAAGAAGAGCAACCGUAGGAAGCGUCUGUCCGUGGGUCAAAAUGAAAAUCGCAUCAAGAGACGGUAGGUUAUUCUGUUAAUUUGCCAUGAGACAUAUUAGUACAACCGCUCCUGUCUUUCAUGCACUACCGUGGGUUUGUAUCUUCGUGAAAACCAAUGAGGAAAUGGGAGAGACGGGACUUGCAGCGCGUCAAGCGUUUCAAAUAGAACCAAGUUCUAUUUUAGCGUUUGGCGACACAGACACUUUUUUUACGCCCGCAAGCAAUGUGGAUGAAAUGAUUCAAUAACAUGCUUGUGUACAUUUAUUUUGCACCGCUCGUGCACGCAGCGUGACCGGUCUAGUUAAGGUGUUUGAUCUCCUCUAACGUCUUCUAUAAUGCUAUCUCCUUUCUAACGUCUACUAUAAUGCUAUCUCCUCUCUAAUGUCUACUAUAAUGCUAUCUCCUCUCUAACGUCUACUAUAAUGCUAUCUCCUCUCUAACGUCUACUAUAAUGCUAUCACCUCUCUAACGUCUACUAUAAUGCUAUCUCCUCUCUGACGUCUACUAUAAUGCUAUCUCCUCUCUGACGUCUACUAUAAUGCUAUCUCCUCUCUGAUGUCUACUAUAAUGCUAUCUCCUCUCUGAUGUCUACUAUAAUGCUAUCUCCUCUCUGACGUCUACUAUAAUGCUAUCUCCUCUCUGACGUCUACUAUAAUGCUAUCUCCUCUCUGAAGUCUACUAUAAUGCUAUCUCCUCUCUAACGUCUACUAUAAUGCUAUCUCCUCUCUAACGUCUACUAUAAUGCUAUCUCCUCUAACGUCUACUAUAAUGCUAUCUCCUCUCUAACGUCUACUCUAAUGCUAUCUCCUCUCUAACGUCUACUAUAAUGCUAUCUCCUCUCUAACGUCUACUAUAAUGCUAUCACCUCUCUAACGUCUACUCUAAUGCUAUCUCCUCUCUAACGUCUACUCUAAUGCUAUCUCCUCUCUAACGUCUACUAUAAUGCUAUCUCCUCUCUAACGUCUACUCUAAUGCUAUCUCCUCUCUAACGUCUACUAUAAUGCUAUCUCCUCUCUAACGUCUACUAUAAUGCUAUCUUUGUCAACCCUGCAGCUUCUCAAAGGGAAAGCGCAGCAACCUGCGUCGCUCCUCUGUGUCCACCUCCCUGAACCUGAUAGCAGAGGAUGUUGGAGGAUCUCCGGUCACAGUGGAAGAGAUAGUCAAGCCCCCUCGUACCCGCAGAGCCAAACAGACUACCCAGCCUGAGGCGGUACCACCCGUAUUCAGCACCCGCAAAGGAGCUUCUCAGGCCUCCUCCUUUCAGCUGGAGCAGGAGCCAGAGGAGACGCAGCAUGAGGCUUCAGCCGAACAAAUCCAGGAGGAGAGGAUGCAGCCAGAGGAGGCUGAGAGGGAGAGAGGGGAGUCCAGCUCAGACACCUCCCAGCCCCCCUGUCUCACACCCCCUCCUCCUCCUCUCACCCAGAGUCACAUAGCUAAAGCCAUAGUCAAGAUCUCAGCCUCAGAGCGGCGUUCUGCGGAGCUUCAGAUGAACCCCAACCCAGAGCACUCUCCAGGCCGCACCGCCACCAAGAUAGCCAUCGCUGCCGGCACCACGCCCCCGGGCCCCAGGCGGAGCUCCGUGAGACACUCCCUGACCGUGCGGCGCUCCCUGGCAGGGCUGAGACACAGCAUGACCCAGGAGUCUGUCCGCAGAGCCUCCAGGAGAUCCUUCCUGAAGAAGAAGGCUCGUAUGGGUAGCUCCACCUGCAGCAGUAACGUCAGCGGGCCUGGUGAGUGAUGGGAUGUGACCUGGCAUUUUGCCGUUACUCCUUGAAUGGAGUUUACGUGAUGUGAGCAGUGGCGGCUGCGGAGGGGAGGACGGCUCAUAAUAAUUCCUGGAAUGGAGUCAAUGGAGUGGAGUCAAUGGAGUGGUAUCCACCACAUGGAAACCACGUCUUUUGAUGUUUGACUCCAUUCCAUUGACUCCAUUCCAGGAAUUAUUAUGAGCCGUCCUCCCCUCAGCAGCCUCCUGUGGAUGUGAGCAAUAUGGUUUGGCGUUUAGCCAAUAAUUAUUUCAUAUAAGUCCGAUUACUCAUUUACUGCUAUGCUACAUAACUUAGUAAGAGUUGAGCAUGCCUUUUUUUUUUGUUGGUGCAAUUUAUUUCUCCAUAUCACGCCCUGACAAUGUUAACGAUAUAUACUGUGCUAUUGACUGAUAGUGUUGCCUUGUGUCUGUCUGUCUGCUGUAGAAGACGUGUGCAUGGAAACUGAUGGACAUGAGGUCGAGGUGCAGACGGAUGGGUGAGCGAUGGCAUUAUUAGGCCUACCUUUUUAAUCAAACGUUGUCUUGUUCUGAAUGUAUAAACACGUCUGUUGUAAUUGGUAUGCGAAUCAUGUAGGCUUGGGCGGUAUUCAGUAUACCGGGGUAUUUCGAAAUAGCCAUGGGAUGGUUUUUCAAUACCGUUGAAACUUUCUUUGAAGUUAUUUUUUUUAAAUAAAUGAGUAUUUGUAGCUACUUUUUAAGUAAAUACCUUCAGUCAACGUGUGCAAUAUGUUAGGAGAUUAAAAAAAGAUUGCGUUCUUCAUUUCACCUGUCACAUUUAUUUUUCAUUAUGAAGCUUACCGGUAGUUGUGCAGCCAGGUUAUCUAGUUACAGUUUGGAAUUCACAACUAAAUGUUUGCCAGCUAGAUAUCAGAUAACCGUUAAGUUAACUGUCUAAAAUGUGACAAAUGCUCUGCAGUUGUGCGCAUGGGUUUGCUAAUUAGCUAUCUAGCUGUUGUUAGCUUCUUCCAAAAUCAAGUUUCGCUUAGUAACAGCGAUCCUGGGUCAAGAGCCUUGCUGUCUAAUAUUUGUUUUGUGUGUGCAGCAAAACUGUUUUGCAUUUGAGUUACUUAUAUAACUUUGAGUUUGUUCUGCAAAUACUUUAGGUCAGAGACUAUAAAAUGUUCGCAAUGCGCUCAUUAGCAGUUAGUUAGUGUUCUCUACGGGAUAUUACAUGUUCUUGUAAGGAUUGCUAACCUUCGGAUUAAAAUAGCGCCCCUUGAGUUCAGUGCCGGUAUUACCGAAUAUCCCAGUAUGGCACAAGGUAUGACAAUCUGGAUACCGCCCAAGCCUACACCAAGGGUGUAUUCACUAGGAACCAAACGGAACCAAACCAAGGGGGAACCUACCUGGAUUUGUUCAAUAGAACACUUGUUUUCGUUGCCAACAACAACAACAAAAAAAUCUAUUGUGAAACGUUUUGCAACAGUGUGCGACCUAAUGAAUACACCCUAGGUUAUUAUGUAUCUGAUACGUUGUUGUGUAUGGCAGGGUAUUGCCAGAGGAGCCUGCUGAGACUGAGACUGACAGCCCAGCUCCUGAGACUUCUCCUGGGGUAGGAAACAUCUGCAUUGUACCUGGAUGAUACAUUUAUCUAAAAUAUACAUUCAUAUCAGGUUUGGGGUCAAUUCCAAUUCAGGACGUUCCUCAUUUACGUCCUGAAUUGAAAUGGAAUUGGCCCCAACCCUGACUAAUACUUGAUGUCAAGCUUUACUAUUCUGUAUGUUCCUUAUGUAAAUAUAUUGAUGGAUCAUAGUGAAAUGAUUGUCUAAACUCAUCUUUAUGUUAAUUUGAGCAGGAUAACAUGGUCCAGAACCACCCAGGGGCUCUCAGUGUUGAGGAGGUUCGUCGAUUCACCCGCUCCAUGGCUCAGACCACUCCCACCAUGCCACCAUCAGCCUCGAUCAUCAGCAAGGCCAAGACUGGCACACCAGACUCCGGAUCAGGUACAGACCAUCAUUACCACACACACUCAUCAGCAAAGGCCAAGACUGGCACACAUACCGAAGCUGCGUCAUACCGAAGCUGAAUCAUACCGCAUACCGAAGCUGCGUCAUACCACAUACAUACAUAAAAAUCUCUCCCUGUCUUCUGAAUCAUGCUUGUAACGUCAGUAGGUUACAGCUAUGCUUCAGAGAGAGAGGGGCAUUAACAGGCUUGUGUUCCCUAGGUGGCAGUGGUACGAAGCCACCGUCAAGUCUGGGUCCUCGUCUCAGUGCCAAGCGCAGAGCGGCCGCAGAUGAUUUCCAGAGCCCCAGGAAGAAGCCCUCACCCCCCGUGAAGAGCCAGAGUGUAAGAACCAAAGACAUCAGACGGUCUCUUCAUAUCACGCUUGUCUUCAGAACAAGUAGCUGUGGUGAAAAUGUAUUGUAUUGUCUGGCACAGAACAGUUCUUCCAAAACUGUGAAUAUAUUAAGUGUGGGCCUUAUCACUGUAAAGUUAUUAUUAUUUUUUUAAAUUUUCAUUGUAUGUUUUACGUUCUGAAGCGCUGUUAAGUGUAUUUUCUGAAGCGUUGUAAAGUUUGCUUCCCGUGAAUAGACCCUAAUGUUAGUUGUAUACUGCAGGUGAGGCCCAACAUGAGGUCAUUCCUCCACACGGUCCAGAAGAACCAGAUGCUGAUGAUGACCCCCAGCUCUCUGGGUCGCAACACGGUCAUGAAGUCCUUCAUCAAACACACCACGCCAGGCAGAGCAGACUUCAAGGUUAGUCUACAGAUCACUACUAAUUUCCUGAAUAAUUCCUGCCUUCAUGACAUUAUCCUCCAUUCAUAUCAAGAAAAUAGGCCUAUCCCCAAUCCCACAUGUUGUCGUGAUCACAUCAUACCUGUUUUGUGAUCAUUUUGAGCCAAAAAACAUUUAGGAAGUUUAAAAAAAAACAAUCACAAUGUUAACCAGCCUGGUUAAUUGGCUCUCUCUCUCCCUGUCCCCUCUACAGCCAAGCAGUGGUGUAGUGGUAUGUAUUAUAGUAAUAUGGUGGGGGGGGUGUUUGGUUUCCUCUUACUCCACUAGUUGUGUGUGCUCUCUAACGGGCCACUUGUCCUCCCUGCCACACCAUCUGAAUUAACGUUGUUUGGUUCGUACACUCCGUUUGUCCUCCUCCCUGCCCUGCCACGCCAUGUGAGUUAACGUUGGGUUUCCAAGGGGCACAAAGGCUGGGGUUUGAUCAGACCGUGUUUGAUCCGAUGUAUGUCGUAACAUGUUUAAGGUCAUCUACACACAAGGGCAUUGCCGGCUCUUUGCAAGAACAUACGUUCGCCCCUCGCCAAACCAAAAUUUAAAUGCAAGGACUUGACGUCGUAUUUUAUUUUUAUGCUGCGAAUCUGUGUGUAGGUGCCCUUGAGAUGCGUUUUUUUAUUUCAGAAAUCACCCUUGAUGCCUUUAGUCUCAUGUUAAUCGUACUCCCUCUUCAUGGGCUCCCUUUCCAUUUCGCCUCAAAUGUAACAUAUUACUAACACCUGAUUUUCACUCAGUCUCAAAAUGAGUUGCCACUAGAAUGUAAAGAGAGAACGUCAUGCCAUGUAACCAGGGAAAGCGGAUACCUUUUUUUGAUCUCAGAGAGUGUAUUUCUGUUCUAGGAAAGAGAACGUCUGAAACUGGAGGCCCUGAAGAAGAAGCAGGAGCAAGAAGAGGAGAGGAAGAAGAAGAUGGAGGAAGAGAAGCGGAGAAAACAGGAGGAGAUGAAGAGGAAGAGGGAUGAACGGCUGCGGAGGGUGGUCGAGGCCCGGGUGAAGGAAGAACAGAGGGAGGAGGAGAAGAAGAAGAAGAUUGAGCAGAAGAUGCUCCAGAUUGACGAGAAACACGACAAGGUGAGAUGUUGACGAGAAACACGGCUUUACUGAAAUGAAAGAGGGACGGACGACAUCUGAUGCAGAGGUGAAGCUACCGUAAAGGGUCGUGUUCAUUUGGGCACAAACCUCCUUGAAACGGAGCGAAAAGGGGAGAUACUAUCUGAACUUGUCCAAUAGGAAACCCUUUUUCGUUUUCCCCGUGCAAACUGUUUUGCUACGGCGUGCCCUAAUGAACACGAUCCUGUUCUACUGUGUGUAAAGUGCUAAACUAUUUUCCCCCCCUGUUCCCCAGCUGCGAGUGGAACGCAUGGCAGAGGAGAAGGCCAAGAAGAAGGUGGCCAGCAAACGCCAGGAGGAGCUGGAACUGAGGAGGAAGAUGGAGGAGGACGCCAGGAGGAGGAAGAUUCAACAGUCUGUAAGACAGUCCUUGUUUUGUUGAACUUUCAUAAUUAUUACGAUCAUUUAUUUUUUUUAAUAGGCAGAUAUUUGAGAGGGAGAGAGAAUACCACCCAUAGGAGCGGUGGAAUCCAUACCCACUCUUGACCCAUGAAUGUCCAAACUGCAGCGUUCCCGCUACACCAGCCCCGGGGGCAGACAUUUUGUUUUCUAGUAGAACUGGGUGCCUCUUGAAGGUGCUUGUGGGGUUUUUUUUAUUUUUUCUUCUAAACGUUUGUGACCCUUGUUGUGUCCCAGGAGGAGGAGGAGAAGCGUCAGCAGGAACUGCAGGCUAAGAGAAGAGCUGACGAGGAGCAGGAGAGGACUCGCAAGAUGGCUGAGGCCCGGCGAGCUCUGGAGCUGAAAAAGGAACAGGAGAGGGAGCUGGAGAGAGAGAGGCAAGCCUCUGCUGAGAGGUAGUUUCCUGUCAACUAUUGAUGAAUGGAAGUGUUUUAUUUUCUUAUGGAAGACGACAGCUGUGAAACGACCGCGACAACUGCUGGAAAAAAAAAGAAUUAGUUUGACCUUUUAAUUCUAUCAAACUGGCCCUGCCAUCGGUAAUGUUGAUGUACGAAGCUUUGGACUGUGAAUUGGUUGGUUUGACAGUUUGAUGUGGAGACAGAAGGCUUGUCUGUUUUCAGGGAGCGGGCAGAACGGGACAAGGCCAGCGCUCUUCAGAGAGAAGUGGAGAGAGCUGCCAGGGAGAAGGAGAGGAGGGAGCUGGAGGAGAGGAGGAGGGUAAGACAUACCUGUCCUGUCCUGUCAAACUGGUGUUUGGAUUAACCGUUCAUUUAACAUGACUGUUCCUGUCUUAAGCAUUGUGUAGACUUGGUUUGAAGGUACUUUUCAGAUGAUUUGGACAUCAUGUUUUAAAAGGUGUUCAUAUCGGGGACUGUGUACAUUGACGGGUACACUUUUCGUUAGACGAUGCCAACGUUAACGGUAGGUUAAAGUGCUAAUGAAACCCGUUUUUAUUCUGUGUCACUAGGAGGAGCAGCAGAGGCAGGCUGAGGAGGAGAGACAGAGGGAAGCUGAGAGACAGAGGGAAGCUGAGAGACAGAGGGAAGCUGAGAGACAGAGGGAAGCUGAGAGACAGAGGGAAGCUGAGAGACAGAGGGAAAGGGAGGCAGCUGCUAUUGCUGCUGCUAAGAGCCACCUCACUGUUGAUGUUCAGGUGAGAACACUUCCUCUACUUUAAGGCCCAAACCGAUUUUGACAGGUGAAAUCAAUCUGAUAGUAGCUCCACCUUGGAGCCCUCGGAUAGGAUAGGUGGACGUUUCACCAUAUUGCUUACACCAAUCAAAUUCUCUCCGAUCUCCACAAGUGCGUAGGGCAGAGAUCAUCAACUAGAUUCAGCCCCGGGUGUUUUUUUUUUUCUUGAGAUGUUCGGGGGGGUGGGGGGGGGGGAACAUAAUUACAAAUAAUUUGUAGAGUGCAAAUUGACCGCAAGAAGCCCAAAUGGAUAUAAUAUUUGACUAAAACAGAAUAAUUUCAAACCUUCUUUACAUUUGUAUACAAUCACAUAUAUUAUGCGUGGGAAUACUUGGGAACAGAUUUCCAAAAUGUAAAUCACUUGGAGCUGAUUUCCUGGUGUUUCUACAGUCUUAUUUCCAACAAUGAACAUUUUGUUGUCCGUCAGUUUGGGGAACCCUGGUGUCGGACCUUCGGGGAAGAUGUGGGAUUGGCCCUAACAUAUGACUUAACAGCGAGGAGGGGGGGGCUACUUGUGGUUAUAUGACGCGUCAUUGUUUUGAACGUAAACGUUUGCUUUUUUCCCCCUUGGGGCUGAAGGAUUUGAGGCAUAUGUGCUGUCAGUAAUGAUUUUCCUAAUCUAUGCAAAGUCUUGUGUGUCUCAUUGGGGUAUACUGAUCCUGCACCUCUCCUGUUCCCUCUAUAGCCCGUGUUGAUGAAGACGCCUGUAGGGAAGGGAGGAGUCCUCAACGUCACUGUGGAUAUCGAGGUAUGGACUACACUCUCGUUAGAGCCAUAGUCCGUAGAGCAUGGUGCUUGCAACGCCAGGAUUGUGGGUUCGAUUCCCAGGGGCCACCCAUAUUUAAAAUGUAGGCGAACAUAACUAAAUCGCUUUGGAUAAAAGCAUCUGCUAAAUGGCAGCAUUCUCCCCAGUUGUAGGAGAUGAGGACUCACUCUCAACAUGACCAUAUGACUUCUACUGUUGAUGAAGCUGGGUGCAGAAAUCGCACAACUCGUCAGUUAAUUCUAAGAGAAGAAGAAAUGAUAAAUGCAUAUGCAUGUAAUCCACGAUUUUGUCUUCCUACCCUUGCAGCAGUCUCCCCAGUCAUAUGAGAUCACUCCUAAGGGGGGCAACAAGCCAGUUGUUCUCAACACCAACCCUGAGGACUAUGGGAUGGACCAGAACAGUGAUGACUCUACUGAUGACGAAUCCGCACCGAGGAAACCCAUCCCCACAUGGGCUGAGGGUAUGUUUGACUUACUGACUUAGGCCUCGUAGCAUCACGUGAUGCAUCACACCUCCACACAAGGCCUCGUAGCAUCACACCUCCACACAAGGCCUCGUAGCAUCACACCUCCACACAAGGCCUCGUAGCAUCACGUGAUGCAUAACACCUCCACACAAGGCCUCGUAGCAUCACAUGAUGCAUCACACCUCCACACAAGGCCUCGUAGCAUCACAUGAUGCAUAACACCUCCACACAAGGCCUCGUAGCAUCACACCUCCACACAAGGCCUCGUAGCAUCACACCUCCACACAAGGCCUCGUAGCAUCACACCUCCACACAAGGCCUCGUAGCAUCACAUCUCCACACAAGGCCUCGUAGCAUCACAUCUCCACACAAGGCCUCGUAGCAUCACAUGAUGCAUAACAACUCCACACAAGGCCUCGUAGCAUCACAUGAUGCAUAACAACUCCACACAAGGCCUCGUAGCAUCACAUCUCCACACAAGGCCUCGUAGCAUCACACCUCCACACAAGGCCUCGUAGCAUCACAUGAUGCAUCACAUCUCCACACAAGGCCUCGUAGCAUCACAACUCCACACAAGGCCUCGUAGCAUCACAUCUCCACACAAGGCCUCGUAGCAUCACAUGAUGCAUAACAACUCCACACAAGGCCUCGUAGCAUCACAUGAUGCAUAACAACUCCACACAAGGCCUCGUAGCAUCACAUGAUGCAUAACAACUCCACACAAGGCCUCGUAGCAUCACACCUCCACACAAGGCCUCGUAGCAUCACAUGAUGCAUAACACCUCCACACAAGGCCUCGUAGCAUCACAUGAUGCAUAACAACUCCACACAAGGCCUCGUAGCAUCACACCUCCACACAAGGCCUCGUAGCAUCACAUGAUGCAUAACACCUCCACACAAGGCCUCGUAGCAUCACAUGAUGCAUAACAACUCCACACAAGGCCUCGUAGCAUCACACCUCCACACAAGGCCUCGUAGCAUCACAUGAUGCAUCACAUCUCCACACAAGGCCUCCUUUAUGCCUUUUUACUGUGCUCUUAAAGGGAUAGUUUGAGAUUUUGGCAAUCAAGCCCCCUUUUUUUUUUUUUUCUACAUACCCAGAGUUAGAUUAACUCAUGGAUACCAUUUUUUAAAAUGUCUCUGUGCAGUUUGAAGGAAGUUGAAGAUGGUUUAUGGAGCUGUUGCUAACUAGCCGUUAGUGCUAACGACUGGAGGCAUGAUGGCACUUUGUGCCAGCUUUUUCAACUAUAAGACCCAUGGCCUUACAGUCAGGAUGCUAAAGUAAACCUGUGCUUCCCUCUCCUCUAGGCAACCAGCUGAAGCAGUCUAUGAUGAAGCAAUAUUUCCACCCAGCUGACGUGGACUCUCACUACGGGGAGAUUGAACCGCCAAAGCUGGACCGCAUCUUCUACAAGAGCAAACCUCGCUACUUCAAACGUACCAGCUCUGCUGUCUGGCACUCGCCACCAAGAAUGGGAGCUCUGCCCCUUUAA